AUGAUCCGCACACUUGAUCUCGUCUAUCUCCUCUUCUUCGUUAUCCAUGUCCCAAUCAUCUUCCUACUAUCACAAGCCACUCACACAAACAAAAAAACAGUAAUCGACACCGUCCCGCUCCAACCCGCUUUCCUCCAAACAAAUCUGUCCCAUCAACUCCGCGACUUCUACAUCACCACCUACCACGAUAAAUUCUUCGAAGAUAACCCCCCAACAUGGUUCACCGUCUUUAUCUGGAUGGAAUUGCUGUACCACGUUCCGGCAUCCAUCUGGGCAGUGCGGGGGUUACUUAAGGGCCACCCCCUGAUCCGCGUUCACCUUCUUAUCUUCGGCAUCCAAGCCUUCAUCACUUCACUAACCUGUCUCGUUGACGUGUGGAGCUGGACCGACCGCACCGUCGCGCAGAAACAGCAGCUGACAAUGCUCUACAGCCCAUACGUAGCACUGGGCGGCCUCAUGGCGAUACACAGCAUCUUCCGCCUACGCGACGCACUAAUGCCCAAAAGCAAACGGGAGUAG